UCUAAUCGCCCGCGCAAUAAACGCGCAGCUGCUGCGUAAAACGGGUGCGCGGCACGGCCAUGACGUCACGCCUGCGCACUCCCGGAGCCGGGGGCGGCCUCUCGCCCCGCUCCGCCCCCCUCCGGGGCCGUCAGGCGGCGGCUCCCGCCCGGGCCGCGGGAGUUACGCGGGGUGCGGAGCGCAGCCGCCAUGGCCGCCGUGCCGCUGCCUGCGCGGGGGCGGCGGGGGACCCUGCGCGCGCACGAGCCGGAGCCGGGAGAGCCGGAGCGCAAGCGAGCAUGCAAGCCGUUAGAAACCAUUCCAAACGAGGCUGAUGCUCGCCUCAUUGACUGUGCCAUGGAGCUGGAUUCUAAACAGAAAAUCUCCACUGACUGUGGUCCUUGGGCUACAAAAACAAAGCAAAAUUCAACGAUUUUUGAAAACCACGGAAGCAGAGGUACUGCCCAGCCUUGCCCAAGAUGUAUUGCUGGAGAAUCUGGACACUUCAGUCAUAUCCUGGGCUUCUAGAAAUCGAGAGGCGGCAGAUCAGCAACACUGCUUUUCUAUGUAAAUCCUAAAGAUGCACCUGUGAGCCCUGUACAGCUGGAUCUCUGUACAUUCACUCACGGCGUGGAUUUGUCUGUGGUAUUCGGCAUAUGGCACUUUGCUAGGAACGGGAGCUUGGCUGGUUAGCGUUGUACGUACACCUCGUAUGCAAAGGUAAACGGGUGAAGACGAGAAUCCGUCCUGCUUUGAUGUCUGAAGUAUCAGGAGCAAAGGUGGAAGGG